GAAAGGAACGUAAGAUUUAUUUGAAAAAUGUAAUUUAAUUUUGCAUAAUAUAAUAAAUAAUAAUAAGUGAAAAGAACUUAUCAAAAAUGGCUGGAAAAGGUGUGCUGAUUGUAUCGCCGUUGAACGUAAAGUUUCAGUGCCCAUUUCCGCACAUACAGAAGCGUCAGCUGAGUCUGCUCAAUCUGGGCCCGCAGCCCAUUGUCUAUUCCAUAGCCAUAGAGAAUAAGAUACUGUUUCAAGUAUACCCAUCAACUGGCAGACUAUGGGGCUUCGAAACCAUCGAGCUGAGCAUCAUGAUGAAACCGACAGUUGGAGAUCAGCAGGGCAGCUCCUUAAUGGUCAAGCACAAAGUGAAGGAGACCUCAGAUAACCAAGUGGCGUCGGAGGAUUGGACGGAUGUGCAGGCAAUUGUGGUGGAAAUUACGCUAGAGAAUUCGAUUGAAACCGAAAAGGAAUUACGCGAUAUGAUCGGCUCGGAUGGCAGUGCCAAGGAUCUCAUUCAAAUCAUGGAGAAGCAGUAUCAGCCACUGUGCCACAAAUGCUGCAUGAAGCGUUUCCAACAGCCGCUAAAAGAGCGCAGCUGGAUGAGACGUAUGUGGUGGCCGUUCCUGCUGGUCUUGCUAUCGGCUCUAACUUACUUUCUUUGGGAUCUCUUUGGACGGUUUGAGCUCAACCCGGACACGAUUUACUAAAGGGCGAGCUAGCGGUGUCUGGCUGUAACAACAAUGCAAAUCAAUUAUUAAAUUAUGCAAAUAGAAAACUAAGCCCGAAGCAGUGGUAAA